AUGGUUAAUGCUUGUUACUUGCAGGCUGUUCUGAAACAUGGGGAACCCUCCAAUGAAGAAGCUUCAAAUCCAGAGCCAGGCGGAAGACGCUUGGAUCUUUCAGUUCAAAUACCCCCUAAACCUAUAGGCUUUGGCACUAGUAGGAGUGGAAACGGUUUAAUCCACUCCAAAAAUUCAUGUAAAGGCAGUUCAUCAUCAGGAGGUUUGUUGCGGGGUUUAAGUUUUAAGAAAAAAGGUGUUGUACCUGAUGGUGAGAGGAGCUUUCUCCUCAAGUCAGAUCCUACAACAGCUCCAGAUAGUCCUGUUAUGGCUAGUCUCAGGUCUGCUUGGAAAAGAUGCACGUCUCUUCCUGUUACACCUACAUCAAAUUUGUCACCUUCAGUUUCCACCCCCAUUUCUGCAAGAAUGCCUGGUGAAUCUCAUAAAACACAUAAAGGAGCAGCUCAGGGAGUUGUUUCUAGGUCCCUCUCAGUGCCUGGGCAGAAUAUUGUAAUUGUGCGAUCUUCAUCUUUUGCUGGUCACAAUGAGAAUGACCAGACAACUACAAGCAAUGAUCAAAUAUCUGCUGUUCCCGUAGAAGUUGAUGAUGAAGAAAUUCCUGAAGAGGAAGCUGUAUGUAGGAUCUGUCUUGAUGUAUGUGAAGAAGGAAAUACACUCAAAAUGGAGUGCAGUUGCAAAGGUGCCCUUCGACUGGUACAUGAAGAAUGUGCAGUCAAGUGGUUUAGCACAAAAGGAAAUAAGAACUGUGAUGUAUGUGGGCAAGAGGUUAAGAACUUACCUGUAACUUUGCUUCGAGUGACAAGCGCUGCUCAAAGCUAUAACAGACCAGAACAGAGUAACCAUUCGAGGACACAAUCAAUAAGUGCAUGGCACGACUUUGUAGUGCUUGUCUUAAUUAGCACCAUAUGCUAUUUCUUCUUUCUGGAGCAAUUAUUGAUUCGUGACAUGAAGACACAAGCAGUCAUAAUUGCUGCGCCAUUUGCGUUUACUUUGGGCCUUUUGGCAUCUAUCUUUGCUGUGAUUUUAGCAAUCAGAGAGUAUAUAUGGACAUAUGCUGCUCUUGAAUUUGCACUCAUAGCCGUUUUUGUCCACUUAUUCUAUAGCUUGCUUCAUCUGAAGGCCAUUUAUGCUAUAUUGGUUUCAUCAGUUUUGGGUUUUGGGGUAGCUGUGACCCUCAACUCAUUGUAUAGUCAAUAUUAUGCUUCGCGAGUUCAGGCUGCCCAGAACCCUAGUCCGGUGUGAACAGUUACUACAGAGAGACGAGGUCCACCAUCUAUGAUACUCGUUUGCUGGUGGAUGUAGACAAGAAAUUCCCAUUUCUUCAUGUAGUGCCAACUCACAAAAGUCGACUUUUUUUUCUUUAAAUUUUAGUUUCGUGUUUGUUUAUCAUAACAUGCGCAUACUCAUGGCCAUAAAUAAUAUAAUUAAUUUUUAUAGGAGA